AUGCAACAGAGACGAGAUGAAAUCUUAGCGAAGAAGGCGAAACUUGCGGAGUUGAAGCGGCAAAGAGAGCUUCGUGCAAGCCAGGCUACUGCAAGCCGGCAGAGCACAGGAAGCCCUGGCGAUUUAGUGUCGCCCAUCCCAGGCCGAGCCGAGAACCGCCGCGAUAUCGAGACAUUGAUCAACAGUCUGGUGGGGGAAAGCCGACCUGGAUCUACCACUGGCGGGGCUGCGUCACCGGCUCGUAGGGGCAGCCGGCCGAAUAGCGUUCUGAGUGCAGGAGAGUUAAGCACGGAAGCAGCUUCGGAGUUCACGACUACCACAAAUGGCCUACCACCUCUUGCUCCAGCUCUGGCUGCGGCACCAGUUCAGCUGAGCCUGACAACUGCUCCUCUCAAGACGAUAUACGAAUGCCCACCGUCUCCUGUGAAGGAAGUGCACUCUUACAGCAAAGGAGUGCAGACCGCCGAAGAAUGGACCCCACCUAGCCGACCCAGGGCUCAGUCACUCUCUGAAGAUGAAGACCUUCCAGUAACGUCUACACCCAACAAGCGGUUAAGCAGAAGACAGCGCGAUAGGGAAGAGGAGUUGAGGCAGGACAUCAGGAAGGAGGUAGAGGAGGAGCUGAAGGCGUCGUUGGAUUUGCUCAAGGACGGCGUCCUUCCCCAGGAUAUGCCUGCCAAGGCGAACUAUCCUAUGCGCAAGCUGACGACUGAGGAACUCGAAGCCGUUACAGGCGCUCCCGACUUUGCGGACUUCCUAGAGAAGUCCACGAAGGUCAUAGAAAGGGCUUUAGAUCAGGAGUAUGAUAUUCUCACCGACUACGCCCUCCAGGGCCAAGAUGUGGACGACGAGGACGACGAUAGCGGUAACGUUGGUGGUAAGGGCCGGCGGAGGGUGAAGGAAGUGGCUCAGUUUUUCGACGAGAGAUGGUCCAAGAAGCGAAUGAUCAGCAGCAUCGACUUCUCACAUCAUCAUUCCGAGCUGAUGCUGGCGUCAUACACGAAAAACCCUACUGCGCCGCAUGAACCUGAUGGUUUGGUCCAGGUAUGGAGUUUGGCUCUGCGUGACAGACCAGAAUACGUUUUCCAUGCCCAGUCCGAUGUUCUCACUGCUAAAUUUUCACCGUAUCACCAAAAUCUCAUAAUUGGCGGAACUUACAGUGGUCAAGUACUUCUGUGGGACAUGAGAGCGAAAUCAGCACCUGUCCAAAAAACGCCCCUCACAGGCUACGGUCACACGCAUCCCAUUUAUUCUGUCGAUAUUGUUGGUACACAGAACGCAAAUAAUAUCAUCUCAACUUCGACAGAUGGUGUUGUCUGCGGCUGGAGCAUGGACGUGUUUGCUCAGCCACAAGAGCUAUUGGAGCUGAAAGCACCUCCAGGAUACAAAUUAGACGACGUCAGCCCUACAUGUUUGGCAUUCCCACAAACAGAUCCCACUUUUUUCCUAGUUGGUAGCGAGGAGGGCACUAUCUUCCCUUGCCACAGAUAUGACCGGGCAGGUGCAAAGGCGGGGGUAGAUGCUAGAGUCAGUUAUAAAGGCCAUACGGCACCGGUUAUGUCGGUUGAUUUCCAUCCGGCUCGAGGCCCUGUGGAUCUCGGCGACCUGGUUCUCUCGUCUUCCUUGGACUGGAGUGUUCGCCUGUGGAAGGUCCGCGCGCCUGCCGCGACAUCGACCGCUGGUGGAGAACCAACUGUUUCUCCUCUCAUCGACUUUGUCCGCGAAGACGUCGUCUACGACGCUCAAUGGUCGCCAAUCAAACCAAGUGUUUUUGCUCUUGUAGACGGAGCAGGAUGGCUCGAACUUUGGGACAUCACAGUUGAGACUGAGGAGCCGGUAGCGAGAAUAUCCCCGAGCACGCGUAAGGAUGGUAGGACCAUGCUGGCGAAGAGCUUGAACAAGGUCGCUUGGGAGCCAUCUGAGGGCAAGCGUCUUGCUACUGGAGGUAUCGAUGGAGUGCUGACAGUGUUUGAAGUCGCCUCCGGUCUCGGCGGCAGGGACGAUCUGAAGGCAGAGGAGUGGACGAAUGUGAAGAAGCUGGUCAAUAGGGUUGAGGCACACGGUCUAAGUGGCGCAAUGGUGUAG